AUGAGCGUCGACAAUGCGGCGAUCACGCCCGCGCCCGCGCCAUGGCGCUGCCGCGCGACGGUGUACACCGCCGUGUUCUGGGUCUCCCCCUCCCAGACCGCGGACCCGGCCUUCGCAGAGGCGGCUUACGACCCGCUGGAGCGCGCCGCCCCCUUCGGCGCAGGCAAGCCCGAGGGCGGCGUCGGCAGCAUCAUGCUCAUCCGGUACCGCGACACGCCCGUGGGGCCGUACGACGAGAUGAUGCUCCUCCCCGGCAAGUUCGGGUACGAGGUGGAUGCUCCCAGCGCGGGGGCGGGCAAACGCUCGAAGAAGAGCAAGCUCCGCAUCACGCGCAUCUACGUCAGCCAGCGCAACACGACGUGGAACGGGCGCACGAACUGGAACAUCCCGAAACACCUCGCGCGCUUCGACUUCACCGAGCACGCGGACGGCAGCGCCGAGUGCAAGGUGUUUCCGCUUGCGGGCGGGGGUGCGGGCGCGCCCGUGUUCCAGGCCCGCUUCGUGCCCUCGCCAUACGUCCCGCCGCUGCCCGUGUCGACGCGCGCGGCCGGCUGGCUCGUCGACCUCGAGCUCGCGCAGCCGCCGCUGCCGGCCGGCGCCACCGAGGCCACCCCCGAAAUUCUGGCGGCUGCGCGCGCGCAGGGCGAGGAACCGCACACGUCCGAAGUUGCCGGCACGCAGCGGUGGUGCGCCGCCACGCCGUACCAGUACUCGAGCGGGUGCAGGGUUGGGUGGAUGGAUCUGCGCCAGGCCGACGGCGGCAACUUUCUCCCCGGCGCAAGCAGGUGGGCUGUCGCUGUCAAGAUGCCGGAUACGGAUCUGCGUCUCGGCGAGGCGGUGUGGUGGGACGAGCCGAGAAGUAGGUCGUAG